GUGAACUAUAUAUAUAGGGUCUGUUGAGUGACACACAUGGUGCACCACAGAUAAAGGGUCACAUUUUAAAGAUAAGAACGGAUUUUUAACGGACUUGUAGUAAAUUGCUUCAAAUUUAUAACAUUUUUGUUAUUUUGAAGACCGUUUCAAUUUAUGUGAAGGACAGUUGACCAUGUACCCAUUACUAAUGCGUGCACUAUUGUCGUGUUGGUGUGUGGUGAUGUCAGCCGGUUUCAUAAUUGAUACUGACCCUUGUCCUGCGCCCUCACCGUGUCGAUGUUACAGUUCUAGAAUCGACUGUGCUUACAAACGUUUGACGAGUUUUCCCGUUCUCAAAUUUUCACAGAGGCAUUACCGAGAGCUUGAAAUAUUGUUACAAAGAAACAUUAUCGAAAGUAUACCUGACAACGCCUUUGGAAACAUCAUUUCUGCAACACCAGAAUCAGUGGAAAUCCAUUUGAAUAAGAAUAGAAUACACAAUAUAUCUAGAAAUGCUUUUGCAAAUUUUGGUGACAGCAAAGUGACCAUUGAGCUUUCAGAAAACCGGCUUACUGUACUCCCAUACGCCCUGUCGAUGGUGAAAAACCUUAAUACACUACGGUUGCUUGGUAAUAACUUUAUAUAUAUCGAUGAUACGGUGAUGUCAUCCCUUGGGAAAACGGUGGAAACAUUUUGGCUUGACAUGUCUUCGGUAGCUAUCUGGCCUCAAUCCUUUUCAAGUUUUCAAAAAUUGACCUCACUUUGGAUUGAUUACAUUCCAUUUCAUACUCUUCCUUCCAACAGCUUUGAAGGUCUCCGGAAGCUUUUUCAACUUGAGAUUUCCAACUCUAAACUUCAGUCUGUUCCUGACGCAAUUUGUCGUCUGCCUCAGCUACAGCAGUUUAGGUUUAAUCAUAAUAUAUACAUGCUGAACAGUUUGACACACAUUCUUACUGUUUGCAAGCAACCCUUACACAACGCUUCUCUUGCCUAUUUCAACAACAACAACAUGUUUUCUUUUCCAGAAAACGUUUUCUUAGUGUUUCCAAGAAUACGCUCGCUUAAUCUCAGUUUUAACUAUCUGAACAGCAUCACUUCAUCGGCUAUUCCGGAAAAUUGCACUCUUUAUUAUCUUUACCUUUCAAACAAUGAAUUUACAAGUAUACCACUGGCAGUGUCCAAAAUGCCUGAGCUUAUUACUCUUGUUAUCAGUAAUAACAGGAUAACCUCAGUAGAUGGUCGUGUAUUGUCGUCAUUGCAGAACUUUCGCCAGCUGACCAUCAGUAACAAUCCUCUAAUCUUCAUAGACCCUCACGCUUUCAGUACAAGCUUAACAUUGAAGAACCUUUAUGUUGAACAUACGAAUAUUACGUCAGUUCCGGCGGCAAUUUUACACUCGAAUGAAAGAUCAGCGAUAGAUCUGACAGGAUCACCUGUUCAAUGUAACUGCAACAAUAUGGCAUUUUUGAAUUCGCUAUCCAAAAGUGAUGUAGAAUCAGGGAAGAAAUUCUUCAGAGGAGACUGCGUGAACGCAAAUAUGACAAUCAAAUCUUACAUUCUAAAUGUUCUCCCAAACUGUUUCUGAUAUGUCAUAUUAUAUCAUUAAACAUAAAAAUCUGAA